AUGCCGCCAAAGAGAAAGAGCAAGAGUGAUGGAAAGGAGGAAACCAAAAAGACUAAAACAUCAUCAUCAGCUUCUUCUUCCGUAACACAACAAGCUGUUGAAUCAUGGAAGAAGAAAUCGUUAGAAGAAUUUAAGAUAAUUCUGAAGGCUAAUGAUAAUCGAUCGGAUGGUGCUGAUGAUGAAUGGAAAAUAUAUUAUGAGACUAGAAAGAAGGCACAAACAUUUCAUAAGAAAAUAUUGGAGAAUGAUGAAAAUUUGGGAAUGGAAGAACUCAUCAUGGAAGAGAUGAGAAAAGUUGUUCAAGCUAAUACUAAGCUAACCGAGAAGGAAGAGUCUAAAGUUUUGAGCCAAUUCCUCAUUACACAGUUGGAGGCUUGUUUUGAGGAUUCUGAUUUGGAUGAUUUGAGAAGUUGUACUAUUGGUGUCACUGCCUACUCUGAUCAUUCAUAUUCGAGUAUUGAAUUUGAAUUUGAGUAUCAUUUCAGAGUUAGAGGUUAUGGUAUUGAAUUCUUUAGAUCAUUCAAAUAUGCCACACAUGACAAACCAUCAACUAAAGCAAAGAAGACAGUUUGGUAUUCUAAUGGAGCUCCUUCUGAGUAUGAGGAAGAUAGAAAAUUCAAAUUAACACUUGGACAGCUUUUGAACAUUAAGGAAUUAUUAUUUAGUGAGACAAUUUGUGAAAAACUUACAAAUUAUGAAUUUGUGCAACUUACUUUGGAAUCAAUUGCACAAUUUGGUGAAACAGGUCAUGUGAAAGAUGAUGAUUGGAUAGGAUAUCAUAAUAGAAUGUUGUGUGGAUGUCCAACUAAGGAGGAUCGUGACUAUGUCCAUCCAACUUUUGAGAAACCAAAACGUGGCCGUAGACAAAGAGAUUAUGGCGAAGACAAUUCUGAUAGUGACAGAGACUCUAAUGAAGAUGAUGAUGACUCUGAUAAUAGAGGUUGUGCACAACAAUAA